AUGAAAACAACUAAGGCCCUACAACCCCAGGCGAGCCAAGGAGAGAUCACAUUCCACAUCUCGGGGGGCGGCAGCAGCAACUGUGCAAAGACGCAGCUUGGAUUGGAGGUGCAUCUUCAGAAGAUAUGUGUUCCCAAAUGCAGAAUCGCACGUCUGACAGUAGAAUCUCGUAGCAGCAACAUUUGCGAUUGGAACCUACUUAGCUACUCCCCAUCCGACUCGGAAGACGAAGAUGCUCCUGAGCCAAAGAGGCCGAAAGAUAGCGACCGAGAAUUCAACCCCACCCUCAGCCUCAGCGAAGAGCAUUUGUGCGGGGACGCAGCCGAACUCGACGACGUCCAGGAGCCUUCCCCGAUCCAGGACCUCGCAGCCGCCCUAGGGAAGGCCGGCAGCGUGGGUAAAUUCGUUCGCCUCGACGACCAUGCGACAGAGAAUGGCAAUCCCAUCGGAGUAAGCACAGUGGGAAGCUAUAAGAUGAGCAUCUGGAACUUGGGUAUCCGCGAGGACCUUUACGAAGACUACUUUCCGCUCGCCCCCCUGGUCCCAAACUUGACUAUUCGGAUCACAUCCACAACAAUGGCUGCAUUUGGCGUAGCGACUCGGGCCUGCCAAUUAACAAACAUCAACACGGUAUCCUCGUCAGUAAAGGAACGGCUUGGUGUGGGCAUGCCAGCUUCGACCAGCACCGCCUUUUCUCGAGCCUACAUGGGCUUCUCAGCCUAUCCAAUGGGCGACACUUACAUGACUCCGGGGCGAAACAUACCAAACAAAGGGAAGGAUGUGGAGGGGACAAAGGAUCAGAUUGCGCGACCUCGAGACAUCGACCUGGACGACAGCGCAGCAGGGACCCAAUGCAAGGUGGAACCCGGAUCGAAGUUGGUUGGGGCGAAUCUCAUUUGGCAUGAGAGAUGCCUGGUCCCCGGAGCGAUUCAAACUUUGAAGCAGCUUGUACACUUCGACACUCCAGAGGAUGUACAGGACGGCUCGGAUGCCAGGCUGGCCGCAUGGGCGUUUCUUGACCGGGAGCAUACCCGCGCUUUGAAUGGGAUUCAACCAACGCCCUACGGCUCCAAAUCUCCUACGGACAAGGGACCCAACCAGCCGACGAUGAAGGAGCGCUACGUGUGCCGCGGGUCCGACACACACUUCAUGCUCAAAUGGCCACCCCUAGCUGUUAUGGAGGUGCCGAGAGAGAUGUAA